AUGCCCUCGUACCAGAUCAGGCCACCGAUUGAUCCAUCACUCUUAAGCCAGGAUCCUACACAGGUGAUGCAAAACUACAGAGAAACUCAGCCGAGUUUACUUUCGCAAAGAGGUCUGGGAUUGUUACUAAGGACAGAGAAAAAGAUUGGCCAAUAGCUGACCGGCGUGACCCCAGUGACAAUCCAAGAAACAAUCGCGGGUCAAAUUUCUUCUCUAAUAAAAUUCCCUUCUCGUUUCUAAAAAGGCGAAUAACACAAUUGAAAACUGCUCUCUUUUCGUGAGUCAAAGGAGAGGGACUUUCGUAUGCAUUUUAUCCGCGUUUCCAAAAAAAGUUUCCACGACUUUCGAACAAUGCCGAAAAUAUUCAGGUUUGUCGAGGGUUAUUCUGUCCUGUUCAAUUGAUCAACCCUAAGAUUAUACCCCCGGUGGGGGAGGGCGGGGAGCUACUCAACAACGUUUUAUAUGGUAAGGCACCACCCCCUGACCUAACUCCUUACACAUUUAUCGUUGAAGGAGCUCGUCGUGUUUUUUAGGGUUGGAGCCUCCCCAUAAAAAAUUCAAUGUCACUCAGUUAUUUGCACAAUCCAUUUAGUAACCAAAGGUCUUACAACAAGUCGAAUUUCCUUGAGUACCAGGCGUCCCUCGCGCCUUCUACUCUCUCGCGCUUGACUUGUGGCAAGUCUAGGACUUCAAUAACACAAUGCACCUUGUUUAUUACUAUUGUUUUAGGUUGAAAAGUAUGCCAAUGAUAGCCUAAACUGGCAUGAGGGAAUGAAAGUUAGAUGGGCGGGAGCUAUAUUAGAUGCAAUGAAUGAAAUCCAGGGGAACUUUUCAAGGCUUACAACAUCUUAUCUACUUGUCCAUGGUGAUGGAGAUCAAUUAGUGAAGAUUGACGGUUCACGUUACUUACAUGAGAGUUCCCCAAGUAACGACAAGACAUUUAAGGUACACGAAUGAGCUGCUUUACUGACAGCACUGAGAGAACUAAUAGCCUCUCUAUGGGUAUUUCCGACGAAUAGUCAGGGCGCUUGACGGUAUAUCAUGAUGGCAGGAAGAUGCGGUCUUAAAACGGCGUUUUUUCAUGUGGUGAUAUUGUCCUGCCCGGGGUACGAGUUUCGGCCGCUUUGUUCCAAGCGUAAUUAUUGUAAACUUAUCCCAACAAAAGUCGUGAUUUGUCUAAACCCUUUUAACCCCAAGAGUGACCAAUAUCUAUUUUCUCGUAACAAUGUCACCACAUUUUCAAGGAAAAAGGUUAUGAGAAUGUAUAAAAUAAUCACCAAAGAGGAAAUUCUCGUCCCCAAACGGGUGUCUAAAGAAUAAUACAGAGUUUUCCCUCUUCGUCCAAUUUUCCGUCCCGUUGUCAUUUUUAAAUCUACCUAUUAUUAUUUCAUUAUAAACUCAACUGCGUGUAAAACUUGCUUUGCAGGUGUACAAAAAUGGACGCCAUGAACUUUUGAAUGAGGUGGAACAAACUGCGAGCGUGGUUUACAAGGACAUUCUUGACUGGAUUCAGCAAAAGCUACCUUGA